ACGUUCUGUCAAGUUUGACUUGGCGACAAAAUCGGAAUCAAGUCAUCAGUCCUCUUUUGCUUCGACUGCUUUUCGUGAGGGAACAUGAAUGCCGGUUUUACAAACUUCCGAUUUUCUGUAAUUUGAUCUUACUUAGGUGGCAACCUAAUCAAUCAUGCUCUCGAGCUGCGACAUGUGACCGAAAGUCCAUAAAGAAGGAACGGUCUUCCGAUGGAACUCUUAUCUUGGCCAAUUAUAACUCAGGUCAUGUGUCCUCGUCAUGAGUGUCGUCACAGAUUAUAAUGCGAAUGCGCUAUUCAAGUACUGGCUUUACGGAACUACCUUGCUUGAUUAUCCUGAGCCCCACCAGCACCAUGUCAGACCUUCCCUCCGCCAUCCACCCUGACAUUCUUCCCCGCCUCGACCCUGAAUACGUCGCGUUCCAUAAUAUCCAUCUAGCGCACCGCGUGCCCCCGCACACGAUCCCCUGGCAUCCGGAUAUCAGGAAGGGCCCUCUCCUCCCAGGUGGCUCGCCUAUUAGGACAGUCGGGGCUGUCAAAGAUAUCAGUCUGCAGAACUGCAAGAUUCGGGCUUUCAUACCUGAAGGAACCCCUCCUCCAGAAGGGUGGCCGGUGUUGUUAUAUAUCCAUGGAGGUGGAUGGACGCUUGGGAGUAUCGAUACUUUGAACUCGUUCAUAUCCCGCCAAUGCAAAGAGAACAACUGCGUCUCGGUGGCCCUGGACUAUCGCUUGGCUCCUGAGAACCCAUAUCCUGCAGCGGUCGAGGACACGGUCGAUGCGUUGAAAUUCAUUUAUUACAACGGGAAGGCAGAGUUCAAUGCGAACGUGAACAAAAUCGCGGUUGGAGGGUCGUCCAGCGGCGGCAACUUAGCUGCAAUUGCAUGUCUCAAGGCGCAGGAACUCACGCCUCCCAUCCCCAUCAUCUUCCAGUUAUUGAUUGUGCCUGUGACUGACAAUACGGCAUCCGUCACUGACGAGAGAUACCCGUCUUGGAAAGAGUGCCAGAACACCGUUUGGCUGUGCGAAGGGCGGAUGAUGUGGUUCCGCAACAUGUACCUUCCUGACCCUGCGACCUGGGCAGAACCAGACAACUCGCCUAUCUUCGCAUCGGAUGCUUUGCUUGCCAAGGUCCCGCCUGCAUUCGUUAGCGUCUGCGAACUUGAUAUUCUGCGGGAUGAAGGGCUUGCGUAUGGCGAGAAGUUGAAGUCGCUUGGGGUGAAGGUAGAGGCAAAGGUUUACCCAGGAGCACCGCAUCAGAUUCUUGGGAUGGAUGCUGCGGUGAAAGUUGGGAAGCAGCAGGCUGACGACGCGAUCAAGGCUGUUGGAGAUGCUUUCAAAGCGGCAUAGGUAUUGAUAUGGAUGUUACAGAGAGUAGUGGUGAAUUGUGUACGAUUAAAUUGAAUGCGAAGACAUGCAAGGGCCGCAGUCAUGUUAUAAGACAGCCUUGUGAUUGUCUUUCGGAAAGAUGGUUUGUUUGCCAAGCGUACGUGUCUGUGAACUAUAUUAUGCAGUUAAGCAAUCACGCAUGGCGUGGAAUCGGAGUCCCUUGGAGACGAUCCAGAGGUGAAGGUUUACCCAAGAGCCAAGAGCACCGCGUCAGAUUCUUGGGAUGAACGCUGCACUGAAAGUUGGAGACAGCGAUAUAAUGAGGCCAUCAAGGCAAGGGAUGUAGCAUAUCGAAGUUAGCGUGCCAGAGGGGACCGAUAAGGUGUUACUAUGGGCAUGAUUCGAGGCAGAUGCGCAUUAGGUUAAAAUAAAGAAUUUCCGGCGGCAUCACU